GGUGGACGAGGGAGAGCACGACAGGAGGGAAAAGAUGACGAGAGAAGCUAGAUUUUGGAUCAAAUGCGAGCGGCGAGAAGCGGGGAGGCCACAGUCUCCCGUCGGUACAAUGUACUUGGUCCUUUACCGCAUAGAUUAGCCUCGUCGCUUGGUGAAUUUUUUUCGUGGGAUUGGUGCGCCAUUUCUGCACCAGGGUCAUGUGGUGUUCGAGAUUUUCGAGGGAUUUUCUGGUUCGGAUUCUCCCCGACGUCGGGCUCAGGUCAAAGCCGGACUUUGAAGGUUCGACGCGAUGUUGCCGCUCCCCAAUCCCGAAGCUUUCAGAGAAGAUGGCUUCCUAGGACCAGCCGCUUCAUUGACGUUUAUAGCUGCCGGCAAUAUUGGUUGAUUUCGGGAUUCUAGGGUACCAGAGGUAAAGGACCGAUUUUUCUGGCCCUUAAAUGGAUUUCAGCCUUGGAAGUGCAUCAAAGGUGUGAUCUUUCUCGGUUUUCGUGUAUUAUCAGAUUGAGAUUCUCUUCCCUUCUCUGGACUCAGUAAUUGCGUAGCUCGUUAGCCUUGGGUACGGAAGAUGUGGGAUCCUGUUCGUUUAUCUACUUGUUUGUGCAGCUGGGCGUGGGUUAAUGUCAUGGGUAGUGCUUAAAGGAAUGGCGCGAGGGACGAGAAGAAAACUCCAUUUCAGCAAAUUAUACAGCUUUGUUUGUGGUAGAUCGAAGUUUGAAGUUGACCACUCUCAGAUUGGAGGCCCGGGCUUUUCCCGUGUGGCCUAUGCGAAUGCGCCAGAUUGCUCUGAGGCUGGCAACCUAAACUAUGGAUCCAACUACGUUUCCACCACCAAGUACACAUUGGCUACAUUCUUCCCCAAGUCACUGUUUGAGCAGUUCAGGAGGGUUGCAAACUUAUACUUUCUAUUUACCGCAUUCCUUUCUUUUUCUUCCUUGGCUCCUUACUCUGCAGUGAGCAUAAUUAUCCCUCUAAUCGUGGUGAUUGGAGCCACCAUGCUGAAGGAGGCCAUUGAAGACUGGCGGCGAUACCGACAGGAUAUCAAGGUGAACAAUAGAAAAGUCGAACUAUAUCAUAGGAGUAGCACAUUUGGAUUUACAGAAUGGAAGAAUCUUAGGGUUGGUGAUAUUGUGAAGGUGGAGAAAGAUAAUUUUUUUCCUGUGGAUCUUGUAAUGCUUUCUUCGAGUUAUGAGGAUGGGAUAUGUUAUGUUGAGACAAUGAACCUCGAUGGAGAAACAAACUUGAAAUUGAAACAAUCGUUGGAGGUAACUUCAGGUUUACAAGCAGAUUCUAGCUUCCAGAAUUUCAAAAUGAUAAUCAAAUGUGAAGAUCCAAAUGCAAGCCUCUAUACCUUUGUUGGAACUAUGGAAUAUGAAGACCAGGAGUACCCUCUGUCACCUCAACAGCUUCUUCUCAGGGACUCAAAAUUGCGAAAUACUGACUACAUAUAUGGAGUAGUUGUUUUCACAGGUCACGAUACAAAGGUCAUGCAGAAUGCCAUGAAUCCACCAUCCAAGAGGAGCAAAAUUGAGAUGAAAAUGGAUAAAUUGAUUUAUCUUCUCCUGUUUUCUCUGGUUGUGAUCUCAUCUGUUGGUUCAGUUGUCUUUGGUAUAAUAAGCAGUGAUGAUCUGCAAGAUGGAAAGGUGAAACGAUGGUACUUUAGACCUGAUGACUCUUCAAUAUAUUAUGAUCCUAAGAGAGCAGCUGUUGCAGCAAUCUUGCAUUUCUUGACAGCCAUCAUGUUGUAUAGCUAUUUCAUCCCGAUUUCUUUAUAUGUUUCCAUAGAAAUAGUCAAGGUUUUGCAGAGUAUUUUUAUCAAUCAAGACAUUAAAAUGUAUCAUGAGGAAUCAAAUAAGCCUGCUCGUGCACGAACAUCAAACUUGAAUGAAGAGCUCGGUCAAGUUGCCACAAUCCUCUCAGACAAGACUGGAACUCUGACCUGCAACUCUAUGGAGUUCAUUAAAUGCUCAAUUGCAGGAAUUGCUUAUGGCCAUGGGUUUACGGAGGUUGAGAGAGCAAUAGCUAGGAGGAAAGGGUCCCUGUCGAUAGAAAACGAACAAUCUGAAGAAAAUCAUGAGCAAGCAAAACCAGCAAUUAAAGGGUAUAAUUUUGAUGAUGCACGCAUCGUAAAUGGGAACUGGGUUUAUGAGCCUCAUUCCGAUAUCAUUCGGAUGUUCUUUCGGCUGCUGGCCAUCUGCCACACUGCCAUACCUGAAGUAGAUGAGGAAACAGGGAAAAUAUCAUAUGAAGCUGAAUCACCUGAUGAGGCAGCUUUUGUCAUUGCUGCAAGGGAACUUGGCUUCGAGUUUUACCAGAGGACACAGACAAGAAUUUCUAUACAUGAACUAGAUCCAGUGUCAUGCAAGCAUGUUGAGAAGUCAUAUAAGUUAUUAAAUGUUUUAGAGUUUAAUAGCUCCCGGAAGCGGAUGUCUGUGGUGGUUCAAGACGAUGAAGGAAAGUUGCUACUGCUCAGCAAAGGUGCUGACAGUGUAAUGUUUGAAAAGCUUGGGAAAGGUGGAAGAGGAUUUGAAAAUAAAACAAAGGAGCACAUGCAUGAAUAUGCUGAUGCUGGUUUAAGAACCUUGGUACUUGCAUAUCGUCGGCUUGAUGAAGAAGAAUACAAAAGCUUCAAUAAAAGGUUCAUGGCUGCUAAGAAUUCAGUCACUACUGAUAGAGAUGAAAAAAUUGAGGAAGUUGCAGAUUCAAUAGAGAGGAAUUUGAUUCUUCUUGGUGCCACAGCUGUUGAAGACAAACUGCAAAAUGGGGUACCUGAAUGCAUAGACAAGCUUGCACAAGCUGGGAUUAAGAUAUGGGUGCUGACUGGUGACAAGAUGGAGACAGCCAUCAAUAUAGGCUUCGCAUGCAGCCUUUUGAGGCAGGGGAUGAAGCAAAUAAUAAUUACCUUGGAUGGACCAGAAAUAAUUCAUUUGGAGAAGGAUGGAAACAAAGAAGCCAUUGCUAAGGUGUCAAGGGAUAGUGUACUCUAUCAGAUAAAUGAAGGAACGAAACUACUUAGUUCAUCAAAUACUGAAUCAUUUGCCUUGGUUAUUGAUGGAAGAUCACUUGCAUAUGCUUUGGAAGAUGAUGCUAAGAACUUAUUCUUACAACUGGCUGUUGGUUGUGCAUCAGUUAUAUGCUGCCGCUCCUCCCCCAAACAAAAAGCCCUUGUCACAAGGCUUGUUAAAGCUGGCAGUGGUAAGGUGACCCUAGCAAUUGGUGAUGGGGCCAAUGAUGUAGGCAUGCUCCAAGAAGCGGAUAUAGGGGUUGGUAUCAGUGGUGCUGAAGGAAUGCAGGCUGUCAUGGCAAGUGACAUUGCAAUAUCUCAAUUUCGCUUUUUGGAGCGUUUGCUACUUGUGCAUGGGCAUUGGUGUUACCGAAGGAUUUCAUUAAUGAUAUGUUACUUCUUUUACAAGAAUCUUACCUUUGGACUCACCCUCUUCCUAUACGAGGCAUAUUCAUCAUUCUCUGGUCAACCUGCAUAUGAUGAUUGGUAUAUGUCAUUGUAUAAUGUUGCCUUCACUUCUCUUCCUGCGAUUGCUUUGGGGGUCUUUGAUCAGGAUGUUUCUGCUCGAUUUUGUCUAAAGUUCCCCAUGCUCUACCAAGAAGGUGUGCAGAAUCUCCUUUUCAACUGGCUUCAGAUACUAAGUUGGAUGUUCAGUGGUGUCUGCAAUGGUAUCAUGAUCUUCUUCUUCUGCACUACUGCACUGCAGCAUUGGGCCUUCCGGAAGGGUGGUGAGGUUGUCGAUCUGGAAGUGCUUGGUGCCACAAUGUACACAUGUGUUGUAUGGGUUGUGAAUUGUCAAAUGGCACUCUCCAUCAGCUACUUCACUCUGAUACAGCACAUGUUCAUCUGGGGUGGCAUUGCUCUGUGGUAUCUCUUCCUUCUGGCCUACGGGGCCAUCACACCCACCUUGUCAACCUCUGCCUUCAUGGUCUUUGUUGAGGGGUUGGCUCCAGCUCCCGCUUAUUGGAUCAUAACACUCUUUAUUGUCAUCGCCACCCUCCUCCCUUGCUUCAUUUAUUUGGCUAUUCAGAUGCGGUUCUUCCCAAUGCACCACAACAUGAUUCAAUGGAUGAGGUUUGAUGGUCAUGCAGACGAUCCCGAGUACUGCCAAGUGGUGCGCCAGAGGUCCGUAAGACCCACCACAGUCGGGGUGUCUGCUCGGGUUGAUGCAACGUUAUGCUCUCAACCAGCUGCUUCUAGAUGAGAAUCGUCUCAAACUGGACCAUAACAUUUCCUUGAGAAUGCGUGGGCUCAAGUGAGAGCUGCCCUGCGGAUGGAUGAUGUUGCUUAGAGGGUAUAUAUCCCAAUGUCGGGUAGUUGUGUUGUAUGAUUAUUUCCUAAUUUUGAUGUCAUUGCAUCUCUUAUUUUGAUUCUUUGCUGUUUUGGUUUGACUUUUUUUUUGUAUAAAGAAAAAGAUUCUUAAGACUUUGUAACAAGUGUUCAUUGGUUAAAUAAAAUUUGGAUUUAAC